AUGGUGUGGCGGAAGUGGAUAAAGCCUGUGUUUAUUGCAUUUUACACCAUUGCCUUAUGUAUUGGUCUUCCCUUCUGCAUUAUCGCCUUGAAACACGAAUCUGCAAGUUCCAUGACAUUUGCUCGGUUCAUUGGUGGUGUAUUUGUUCUUGGAGCUAUUCCUAUUUCGAUUUGGACUAUAUUGGAGCAUCUCAUUAGCUACACUAAACCUUAUUUACAAUUGCACAUCAUUCGAAUUUUGUGGAUGGUUCCUAUAUACGCAGUCAACGCUUGGUUUGCUCUUCGGUUUCCUAAGUAUGCAAUUUACUUUGACACUCUCCGCGAAUGUUAUGAAGCUUACGCCAUUUACAAUUUCCUGGCGUUUCUCUUGAAUUAUCUUCGGAGAAAGGAUGCCAAUUUGAAUAAUCACUUGGCUACCGUCACACAAGUGAAGCAUAUUAUCCCAUUUUGCUGUUUGAAGCCCUGGCAAAUGGGAAGGCCUUUUAUCGAACACUGUCGACAUGGAGUUUUACAGUAUACGAUCAUUCGUCCCAUUACCACAAUUAUAGCCCUGUAA